UAACCAAAAUGACUCCCCUCAGGUUUAUUUGUUUAGUGACAUAUCUGAUCUUGGAAACCGUAGCUUACUUGGAUGUUCAAGGACCAUCGCCAUCUUUGCAGUUUAAAGCAGUUAACAUUGGCUUGAACAUCACUUUAAAGUGUCUCUAUAAAGAAUCUGAUGGAGUUAUUUUCUACUGGUAUAAGCAAACUCUUGGGCAGAAACCAAAGCUUAUAUCAGAGUUUUAUAAGUAUAAGAGAAAUAGCUCACUUAAAGGUGAAUUUUGGAAAGAUCAACGAUUUGACCUGGAAACUGGCACGGAUAAAAAUAACUUGAAAAUCUUGAAUGUACAAAUGUCAGACUCCGCUACUUACUACUGUACAGGAAUUCAUUCAUAUGAGUAUAAAUUUCUAGAGGGCAUUAUACUUCAUUUCAAUACAUCUGUCAUGGUGUAUGUCUUAAGUGGAACUUUAGCCUUCGUCACUAUGCUGGCAUUUUUUCUGGCAAUUAUACUUUACAAGAAAUCUUGCAAAGAGCCUCCACAGAGAUCUUCACCAGCCUCCUCUCUACAGGCAAACGUUUACGAGCAUGCAGAUGAUCUCCAUUAUGCUGCUUUAAGCCUUAGUGGGGCCAGGGGCUCAAGAAG